AUGCCUCUCGACAUCGAGGAAAUCCUACGCCAGAAAAAGGCAGCCGAAGCCGCCGCAGCCAAACCUCGCUUCAUACCUAAAGCGCAGCGCGAACGACUUGCUGCCGAAAAGGCCAAACAGGAGGAGGAUCUAAAAAAGAAAAAGGCCUCGGGCGAUGCGCAAAAACGAGCCGAGGAGGAGAAGAAGUGGGAGGAACGAGCAGUCGCCACACUGUCCAAGAAGACAACGAAUGGUGGCUCAAGCAGCGGCGUGCCCACAGGGCCGCGCUCUAUGAACGGCGCUGGCUCUUCGGGUCCCAAGGACAGAGACGACAGAGACAGACGAGAGGGACGAGGCGGCAAAGGUGGUAAAGAAGGUGGCGGCAAAAAGGGCAACAAGGCCAACGCAGAGAAGCGCUCUGCCGAGGAGAUUGAGGCCGAGCUGCUCCGAUCACGCUACCUGGGCCCCGAGGUGAACCAGCACUCCCACUUUUCGGCCCAAAAGAAGCGCAUGCGCACGACAGAGAAGAAGUUCAACUUUGACUGGGACGCCGGCGAGGACACCUCGCGCGCAGACGAGGGAGGCUACAGCGGCGGCGCGGGCGUCCGCGGCUUUUCACUGGCCGGCGUCGGCGGUGAGUUUGACAAGGAGGCCGAGGAGCGGGCCAAGAAGCGCGCGCGCCUGAUUGAGCAGCGUGAUGUGGAACACGGCAGAGAGCGUGCCAAGGGCAUCAUGGAGGACUUCUACCGGGCCAGAGACAAGGCGAGGGAUCGCGCAGAGAGGACCGGUCUGGGUCGGCGAUGGAACGAGAAGCGCCUCGACGAGAUGCGCGAGCGCGACUGGCGCAUCUUCAAAGAGGACUUUGGCAUCUCGACCAAGGGCGGCACCUUGCCGAAUCCGAUGCGCAACUGGAAGGAGUCUGGUCUGCCCCCGCGUCUGCUCAAUAUUAUUGAGCAGGUCGGCUACGACGAGCCCUCGCCCAUUCAGCGCGCCGCCAUCCCGAUUGCCCUCCAGGCACGCGAUCUGAUUGGUGUCGCCGUGACGGGUUCCGGUAAAACGGCCGCGUUCCUCCUCCCGCUGCUUGUAUACAUCUCGGACCUGCCGCCGCUGGGGGAGACCAACAAGAAUGAUGGACCCUACGCGCUCAUUCUCGCACCGACCCGUGAACUGGUGCAGCAGAUUGAAAAGGAAGCCAAGAAAUUUGGCGACCCGCUGGGCUUCCGGAGUGUGAGCAUCGUCGGAGGACACUCCCUCGAGGAGCAAGCGUAUGCGCUGCGCAAUGGCGCGGAGAUUAUCGUCGCGACGCCCGGUCGUCUGGUGGACUGCAUCGAGCGCCGGCUGCUGGUACUCUCGCAGUGCUGUUAUGUGAUUAUGGACGAAGCUGACCGCAUGAUUGACAUGGGUUUCGAGGAGCCCGUUGGCAAGAUCCUCGACGCCCUGCCUGUCACCAACGAGAAGCCGGACACUGAAGAGGCGGAAGACGGCAGUCUCAUGCAGCGCUACGUGGGCGAAAGGGACAGAUACCGCCAGACCAUGAUGUUUACGGCCACGAUGCCGCCGACGGUCGAAAAGAUUGCCAAAAAGUACCUCCGGCGCCCGGCCAUGGCCAUCAUCGGCAACGCCGGCGAAGCUGUGGAGUCGGUCGAGCAGCAGGUCGAGUUUGUGUCGGGCGAGGACGCCCGCAAGAAGCGCCUGCAAAAGAUUCUCGCGUCCAACAUGUACGCGCCGCCCAUCAUCGUCUUUGUCAAUAUUAAGCGCAACUGCGACACCGUCGCCAAGGACGUCCGCUCCAUGGGCUGGAGCGCCGUACCCCUGCACGGAUCCAAGACCCAGGAGCAGCGUGAGGCGGCCCUCGCGUCCGUCCGCAACGGCGAGACGCAGGUGCUCGUCGCGACGGACCUGGCAGGUCGCGGUAUCGAUGUUGCGGACGUCUCGCUGGUGGUCAACUUCAACAUGGCGACGAAUAUCGAGAGCUAUACUCACAGAAUUGGUCGUACGGGUCGCGCGGGCAAGAGCGGCACGGCGAUUACGUUCCUGGGCAACGAGGAUUCGGAUGUCCUGUAUGACCUGAGGCAGAUGCUGAGCAAGAGCAGCAUAUCAAAGGUGCCGGAGGAGUUGAAGAAGCAUGAGGCGGCGCAGACGAAGCCCGUAAGGGGAGGAGGAAGGGGGCGAGGAGGGGAUCAUGAGAAUGAGGGCGGGAGGGGAGGGAGAGGAGGACGGUGA